CUUUAAACCCCAUCUCCCUCUUUUUCUCUCUCUCUCUCCACCGAAUGCGGCUUUCUUACCGAGUCACCAUGGCCAACUCCAAAUCUAUAUCAAUGGAGUAUUAUAGCCUUGAGACACAGAACUGACGUGUCUAUGUCAUAUGUGCUUAUACAACCAUACUUCCGGUUCACUGAAUUGUAGCUAUAAGAGCCACCAGUGUAACGUGUAAUUGUGGAUUUGACGAGAGAUAGACGGGUGAUACCAGGGUCUCAUAUUCUGGUCAGUAAUUUCUAUGCUAGAUACCAUGAAUAAGUGGUCAAUUCUAUUAGUAUUGAUAGUAGCUUUAGUUGAUGUCGUUGCUGAACGUGCAUCAACGUGGGAUUUCUGUAAUUGUCGAUGGGCUGAAUGGUCAAAAUGGUCUGAUUGUACAGAACAAUGUUACGGCCGACAUCGCAGAGACAGAAAGGUUUGGAUAUCAAAUAAAAAAGGAUGUACCGAAUUUGCUCACUGUGCUACAGGUCAGAACGAAGGAUCCGAGUAUGCCGACUGUAAUACGUUUUGUUACAAUGGUGGUACAUACUUAUCUUCAUAUACUGGUUGUAUAUGUGUAGCUGGCAAAUAUGGUCGAUGUUGUGAUAAAACUGUAACAUGUGCCACGCCCGCUACAUUGGAGAAUGGAAGAAGAUCCUACAGUAGUCUGAAUUAUGGUAGCACCGUUACAUACAGCUGUAAUCACGAUUAUAGAAUGACCUCUGGAUCUUCAAGAAGAACGUGUCAGCAUAAUAGCGGCUGGAGUGGUCUUAUGCCAAGAUGCAGAUAUGUUAAUACAUGUUCCAGUAAUCCAUGUAAAAAUGGAGGAAGCUGUAUAAAUGGUGUAGAAAGCUAUACAUGUCAAUGUCAACCUGGUUGGAGUGGGAUUAAUUGUGAAAAUGAUGUUCAGCCCCCUACAAUGACCGGAUGUUCUAAAGAUCAACUGAUUUAUACCAAAGAUGCUACAUACAAUGUCACAUGGUCUAUCCCAAAAUUCUCAGAUCCAUUCAAUAAGAACAUCACAAUGUUAACUAAUUACCCAGAAGGCUUUAUUGUGGCGCCAUGGGGUGACCAUGUUGUUCAGUACGUGGCCACCAAACCAUUCAACGGACUCCAAACGGAAUGUAAAUUUACCGUAAAAAUUAGACCUCAUCCUUGCCCUGAACUAAACAUACCAAUUAAUGGUGCUCGUGUAUGUAAUGGAUGGAAGACAGAAUAUGCUAGAGUUUGUUUAGUGUAUUGUAAUAAAGAAUUUACUCUUCAAUUGGGUUCAUAUUCUGUACAACAAUGGUAUAUAUGUGGAGCCAGUGGUAAUUGGUUACCAUCGGGACCUUUACCAAACUGUACAUUGCCUAAUAUCAAGAUUGGUUCAGGAAAGGAUUCACCAGAUUAUCAGUAUAACAGUUGCCAUGACGAUUCUGUUAAACAGUCUUACAUUGACAGACUCAAAGCAUCCCAUCAGGCAGUGCUAUGUACUAAACACCCGGAUGAAUGUAAACCAGAUAACGUCUCCGUCGAUUGUUAAAACAUUAUAAAUAUCACGAUACCCCAUAUGAUUCUGGAUAUACAACCUCCUGGGUUAUGUCCCUUUAUAAAACAAAACGAAAUGGGGGCUUUUUUGCUUGAACUGCUUGCUAAUCAUGAAGUAGCCACACGUUGAAUGGAAACCGCACCAACAUAAUAAAAGGGUGAUAGCAUUGUCAA